AUGUCUAAACUACAGUUGUUGCAUGUGUUUUUAAAUGAGCGUUUAACGGCGGCUGCUGUGGAGAUUUUCGGAGCAGUUGAGAAAACGGUAGUGGAGUACCAGGAGGAGAAUUAUCGUCUACGGAGACUACUGCGGAUAACACCGGACAUAAAACAAUGUAAAAUAGCUCGUAUCAUUUAGAUCUAUGCUGCCGUACAAUUGCAAACAGCAGUGACUACACAUUUGGUCACAUUUAGUUGAGACCCAAAUUAAGCUUUGUAGUAUCUGUUUUAUCUUGUUACAACGUGUCCUGGUUCAAUUAUUUUCUGUUUAAGAGAAACUGGAGUUUCAAAUGUGCAAUAACUAACGUUAACGUUAACGUUAGUUGUUCAGAGAAGGGUGCAAUUGCGGCCCACAAUUCGGGGCGUUUCAGCAUGUGGGCAUUUCUGCAUCUGCAGGAACCUUGCUUCAUCCUGCAACGCCAUUGUUAGGCUGGACAAUAGAACGAGUCAAAAUUUACCCAAGGCUGAAAAACAGCAAUAGAACGUUGGCUAAGCUGGAACACUAGCGUGAGCCCAUAGCAAAUGAAUUGAAUCGAACGUUCCCAGGGCCUAUUUUUACUGGAAUUAUGCUUAGAAUUCAAUUUCGCCUAAAUAGCACAAAAAAAUGUAUCUGUUCUUAGGAUGAAACUAAAGAAAAAAAAAACUUGUGUAGAAAGUAAACACCUCACCUCGAUGGUGUCAACUGUGCUUAUAUCUGCGUAAUGAGGAAGUAGUGAAAAAAUGAAAACUUCAGACUAUUUCUGGUCUAGUGAUCGAUGACAACCGAUCUCGCUUUCCAGACUUACAUAAUUACAAAGAGGAGAUUCUCCUGAUUUAAAAUGGUGUCAGACUUGAAAAAAUCAAAAUAUACACAUUGAGAGAUAUUUGGCGAAAUAGACCGGCAUACUUCUCCAUAGGAAAACAAUGGGUGGAGCUCAGGGUUCCAAGGGCAAAAAGUAUUUUGCGGCUAGCAUUUGAUGACAACCGAGCUCGCUGCCCAGACUUACAUAAUUACAAAGAGGAGAUUCUCAUGAUUAAAAUGGUGCCCGACUUCAAAAAAUCAAAAUAUACACAUUGCGAGAUAUUUAGCAAAAUAAACAGACAUGCCUAUAUUCCCCCUAUAGAAAACAAUGGGACGACCUCAGAGUUCAAUGAGUAAUUGUUUGUUGUUACCAGCGUGGGCAGGUCUCAUUGCCAAGAAUAGCGAAGCAGGCAUUGUGACGUAGAACAUUCUGAAGGAAAGUUGGUGCCACAGUGCUCUAUUUAACUAAUAGGAGCUGGCAGGGUGAAACAUGCCCUAAAAUAAGGCCUGUUUUUUCGUGAUUACUUUGAAACUAUGAGAAGCAGCUGGGACAUAUGGUAAUAUUAUGAAACUGGGCUCCACGGCAGAUGCAAUGAACUAGUUUUUAUCCGAAAAAAGCGUUGUUAAAAAUGUAAUGUGUCCAGCCUACCAUUGUUUACAGACAGCUCGUUGCGGACGCUUCCUUAACCAGGCGUCCUUUAUAAACCAAAUCUAAACUAUUUGGUUUCACCAAAAUAAUGUUUCCAGUCGAGGCAUAUUAAGUAUAUCUAGGAACAAUGCUUACUCUUAGAUGUGUUGAAUGUGCCCUUCCGUAUAAAAUAAGCGUUUAAAACGGUUUAUCUAGGGUCUCCCAUUUUCGGCCAUUCUAGACAACACAGUUGCGCGAGAGUAAGUUACAAUGUAGUCUCCCACUUCUACAGGUGGAAAAUUGGAGACCCUGGAUAAAAACCUGUUUUAAAUGCAUAUUUGUUAGCGAAGGACACAUUCAACAUGUCGAAUCGUAAGUAUUGUGAUAUGGCUCUGUUGACUGUAAAAGUUAUUUGGGUGAAACCAAAUAGUUUAGAAAUAUUUUGUACGUUAUGGCGGAAAAUGCUUGAGGGUUACUUAAAUGCAACAUUCAAAAUGUGAAAACAUAAUUACAUAAAACCGUUAAAUACAUUUGGAAUGUAGUUAGAACCCUCAACUGUUUCCAUCAAAAAGAAAAGUUGGUUCAACACAUUUAGGUUGUAGAUACUGUACCUUUCUUUUGCAUUACCCAUGUAGUAGUUUAAGGGCAGAUCAGUGGUCAGGGUUGACAUGCAUAAAAUGUUUUCUUCAUAAUAAGAUAAUCCAUCAAUGUAUUACCACUUACAUUGCCUUAAGAAAGUAUUCACACCCCUUGACUUGUUCCACAUUUUGUUGUUACAAAUUGGGAUUAUAAUUAAUUGAAUUGUCAAUUCAAUUAAUUAUAUGCUCUACAGAAAAUACUGUCAAAGUGGAUGAAAAAUUAUAACAUAAAAAAGAGAAAUAAAACAUUCAUAUCUUCAUUAGAUAAGUAUUCAGCCCCCUGAGUCAAUACAUGUUAGAAUCACCCUUGGCAGCGAUUACAGCUGUCUUUUUCGGUAAACACACCUGGAUUGUACAAUAUUUGCACAUUAUAAUUUUUUUAAACUCCUCAAGCUCUGUCAAGUUGGUUGUUGAUCAAAUUUAUUGAAAAUGAAAUACAGAAAUAUCUCAUUUACAUAAGUAUUCACACCCCUUUGCUAUGACGCUCCAAAUUUGAGCUCAGGUGCAUCCAACUUCCUUUGAUAAUUCUUGAGAUAUAAUUACAACUUUGAUUGGAGUUCACCUGUGGCCAAUUCAAUUGUUUGGACAUGGUUUAGAACAGGGAUGGGCAACUAAUUGCAUUCUAAACUGAAGGCUAUGAUUAGUUGAAUAUUGAAGUUAGGUGUGUUAGCUAGUGCUAGAAAAAAAAAAAACACCUGUCUAUAUAAGGUACGACAGUUGACAGUGUAUGUCAGACCAGAAACUACCAUGAAGUCCAAGGAACUCGCUGUAGAGCUCUGAGAUAGAAUUAUGAUAAGGCAUAUAUCUGGGGAAGGGUAUUAAACAAUUUCUAGAGUGUUGAAAGUUUCAAAGAGCACAGUGGUCUCCAUCAUUGGGAAAUUGAAAAAAUAUGGAACUGCCUAGAGCUGGCCGUCCGACCAAACUGAGCAACUGGGCAAGAAGGACCUUGGUCAGGGAGGUGACCCAAUGACCACUCUGACAGAACAACAGAGUUCCUUGGCUGAGAUGGGAGAACCUGCCAGAAGGACAACAGUCUCUAUUGCAUUUCACCAAUCUGGGCUUUAUGGGAGGGUGGCCAGAAGGAAGCCACUUCUGAGAGCAUAAGGCAAAAGAUUCUGUGGUCUGAUGAGACAUAAAUGUAACUAUUUGGCCUGAAUUCAAAACGCUAUGUCAGGACAAAACCAGGCACAGCUCAUCACCUGUCUAACACCUACCCUACCGUGAAGCAUGGUGGUGGCAGCAUCAUGCUUUGGGGAUGCUUUUCAGGGCAGGGACUGGGAGACUGGUAAGGAUAGAGGGAACAGUGAAUGGAGCCAAAUACAGGCAAAUCCUUGAUGAGAACAUGCUUCAGAGUGCAAAUGAUUUACAUUCCAACAGGACAAUGACCCAAAGCAUACAGCCAAAGCAAUGCUGGAAUGGCUUCAGAAUAAUAAUGUAAAAGUUCUUGAGUGGCCCAGCCAAAGCUCGAACUUGAAUCCCAUUGAAAUUCUGUGGAAAGACUUAAAGAUUGCUGUUCACCGCCGCUCCCCAUCUAAUUUAAAAGAGCUUGAGAAAAUCUGCAAGGAAGAAUGUGAGAAAAUCCCCAAAACCAAAGCUGAUACAGACAUACCCAAGAUGACUCAAAGCUGUAAUCGCCGCAAAAAGAGCUUCUACAAAGUAUUGACUCGGUUGUGAAUACAUUUUUACAUAUUUAGCAGACGCUCUUAUCCAGAGCGACUUACACUAUCUUUUUAUUUUAUUUUUCACACUGGCCCCCCGUGGGAAUGGAACCCACAACCCUGGUGUUACAAACACCAUGCUCUACCAACUGAGCUACAUCCUUGCCGGCCAUUCCCUCCCCUACCAAUUGUGCGCCGCCCCAUGGGUCUCCCGGUCAGCUAUGACAGAGCCUGGAUUCAAACCAGGAUCUAUAGUGGCACAGCUAGCACUGCGAUGCAGUGCCUUAGACCACUGUGCCACUCGGGAGUCCACCCUGAUGUAAAUGAGAUAUUUCUGUAUUUCAAUUUUUCUGUAUUUCAUUUUCAAUAAAUAAAAAUGUCUAAACAUGUUUUCACUUUGUCAUUAUGAGGUAUUGUGUGUAUAUGGGUGAGAUUUUAAAAAUGUAUUUAACCCAUUUUGAAUUUAGGCUGUAACACAACAAAAUGUGUAAAAAGUCAAAGGGUGUGAAUACUUUCUUAAGGCACUGUAUCUACCUACACCAUAUUUGGCUGGACAGCAAAAAAUAACUUUAUAGCCAUUUUUCUCAGUUUCACUGUUUGCGUAGUUACUGCUCUUUGCCUUUGUAGGGCAGUAUAAAUAUCUAGUUAAAACUCAACUCAAUAUCUUUUCUUUCAAGUCAACACAGCUUGCCCAUAAUGUUUGCACUGCAGUGACGAACCAGGGAUAUAGCUUGAAAAUGUACCUCAAUCCAGGGAUGGAAGGUGUUGCUGUACUCCUUGAUUUUUUUGGGUGGGAUAAUGAUACAAGUAGAAGAUUGAAAUACUGCUUGUUUUUAAUUAAAUUGCCUUUUUCUUCAGCAUACUAAUGCUAAAGCAGCCCAUUGGAUUCCACAGCCUUCCUGCAGCUACUCACCCAAACACUAGGCAUCACAUUUUCAUUGAAUCCAAUGUGCUGCUUUAGCAUUAGCGAGCCUUUAUAGAACAGUUUCUUAUGUAUUUUUGUUUACUGUGCAUGAUUAAAAAGUUGUCUGUCACAAAAAACUUAUUGAAAUAGCAUAUUGCUUGGUAUGUACACUCAGGCAUGUCUAAAGGAUACAGGUCUAUAUAUCAUAGAGAUCUAUAAUUCUGUUGUAUCAUUCAGUUGUGCUAUUUAAUUCUGUGGUAUACAAAUAACCUCUGCGCCUUCCCUCCAGACUCCUUGCAGCUCUCUCUUGCUGUCUCUGAAGAGAAUGUUCCCCUUGAGCAGCAGCACUUUGAUCAGGAGUGGAGCCCCAGUCUGGGGCAGGAGGACCCAGAGCCCACACAGACUAAACAGGAACAUGAGGAACUCAGGACCAGUCAGGAGGAAGAGCAGCUUCAAGGGCAGGAGGCUGAUAUCAUAGAGUUCAAAUUCCCUCAUAUUUGUGUGAAAAGUGAAUGUGAUCAGGAGAACCCACUUCAUUCCUUGUCUCUUCCCCAAACCCAGACUGUGGAGAACAGAGAGAGUGCCUCUAAACCAGUGGAUCUCACACCUUUUGUCACUGUUACCCACCUAAAGGGUCUUGACAUUCCCUAUGACCCUCCAGAUAAUCAAAACAAUGCCUCCAGCCACAGGUCAGCUGUAAGCAGCGACCCAGUAGGACUUGACAGCAGCCCACCAUUGGAUCCCAACCCAUCAAUGGGGGAACACUGUUCCAAACCCAGCACCACGUCUAGAAAAACUCACCGCUGCUGUGACUGUGGAGAAACGUUUGCUCUGAAAGCUGACCUGCAGGGGCACGUGACUCUCGCCAAGAAGAGACCCAGCGAAUGCCGCCUCUGCAAAAAACGCUACAACUCCACCUGUAAAUUGAAGGCCCAUGUCAGACUCUGUCACAUGGAGAAACCCUGCACCUGCCCCUUUUGUGGAAAGACCUUCAAACUCAAAGGAGAUCUGUCCAGACAUAUGAGGAUUCACACAGGAGUGAAACCAUUUAGCUGUGGAGACUGUGGAAAGAGUUUCAAUCAGAAGGGGCACCUAACUGAACAUAUAAGGACUCACACAGGAGAGAAACCAUUUAGCUGUGGUGUCUGUGGGAAAAGCUUCAUUCAGAAGGGGGACCUAAGGAGGCAUAUACUGACUCACACCGGAGAGAAACCAUUUAGCUGUGGUGACUGUGGGAAAAGCUUCAAUCGGAAGGGGAACCUGAAUUUGCACAUACUGACUCACACAGGAGCGAACGUCCACAAAUAAAGAAACAAAUAAAGAAAACAGGAUGGAAACACAAAGAAGAAACAAAUUAGGACAAAGACAUAUUGUCAGAAGAUGGACAACACUCUUUGGAAAAGCAAAGCAACUCUGGAACAUUUAUUCUCUGGGUUUCAGAUAAAUAGAUGUCAUGAAUUGACUUUUGUAAAACGUUCUAUGUAAAUAAAGUUUGAUUUGAUCUAACAGUACAGAGUAGUUGAAAACUCAUGGUCUGCUGUUCAAAGUCUCUUGAUGUAUUCACAUCAUUAUAAACAGGAAUUCCUGCUCGUUUGGUUUUGGAAUGUCUGGAGAAUAGUCUGCCAGAUGUUAUUGACAUUAAUGUAUACUCCAAGAAAUUGUGUCCUUGCAUUUGUCCAAUAUCCAUUUUCAUCAGUUUUGUCUUAAUGCUGCUAAUUUAUGAUAUUGUUAAUGUUCAUACAGUGUAUAUGGUAGGCAACUACAGACUGAUCUAUGGUCAUGGUUAUGAGUAGGAUUCGUGGAGACAGUGGAGGGUAAGCUGAUCCUAGACCUGUAUGUCUAAGGGCAAUGUCUAGACCUUUAUGACCCAGGACUGUGGCCAUACCCCUCUUUGUUGUCUGUUCCCCCUGAAUCACUACAGCACUAACUGGAUAUACUGUCCUCAGACAUUGAAAAUCUAGGGCUCGAUUAUAUCCAUAUCGCGGUUCUUUGUGUUUUAGCAGGUAACUUCAUUAACACUUCUUUGGAUUAACACCUCCCUAAUUUGAAAUGCAAACAGUCGCCAUGGUUUAAAAACACUUCCCUGCCCCCAACCCUCCCAAUUUGUCAGUUACCCACUGAUAUGUAUAAUAUGGGUAGAUAGGGGGCUGUUUGAAAGGGGGUCAUAUAAACAUUGCUUUAUUUUUUUAUUUUUACAGAUAAUAUACUACAUCUUCUGUCUGAAAUGGGUAUUGUAGUGAUAAGCUAAACCAAGAUGCAUUUCUAUGGUAAAAUUCAGUAAUACCUGCAACUCAACAGUAAAGGUUUUGAUGAUGAUGCAUUUGCUAGAUCUCUAGGGCUGUUGAUGUCAGAAUUGCACUCUUCUUGGGACAGCAGUUGUUUAUAUAGUCUACCAGCGCCGUAUACAUGUAUCUGGCACUGGUAAUAGUCUACAUCAGUGAAUGUCAAUCUGGGAUAGUUACCCCUCAUACUUGGACUAUCCACAGGGGGUACUAAGGAAGACUCAUUACAUAAGCCUAAGUGAUUGGUUGGUUGCACAUGAGGGUACUUCGGGCAGAGCAAAAUGUGAUUGGAGAUUCAAGAAUGACUCUCAUGGAACAGUGGGGACUGUGAGGGGACAAACACACACACACACACACACACACACACAUUCUAACACAAUAAUUGUUUAGCUGUAUUGUUUGUGUAUCAUUGUAUUUUACAUUUGUGUGACUGUCCUUGUGUAUCCGUGUUUUGUUACUUGUCAUGUUUUGUGUUUUUUUGUGGACAACCAGGAAGAGUUUCUGCUGCUUUUGCAAAUGCUAAUGGAGAUCCGCCCCCACAAAAUAUGAUUUUUUUUACUGACAUUUUCUUGAUUUAAAAUGGUUUAUGACUGCAUCUAGUGGCUGCUUGUAGAAGUGCAUGAUACCAAAUGGACUACAGAAAUGCAAUGUAACAGCACUGGUUGUGAAAGCUUGGCCCAGACAGACAUACAACAGGGUAGGUCAUGAACCCGCAGGGAACCCUUGUUGUGGUCAAAAUACAGUAUACAUGUAUUUCCAAUGGAGCACACCUACUCAGAAUGUGCAAUGUGCUGGUAGCUCAUUCUACAAGUGCAUACUGUACCUCACACAAGUAUAUCCUCAAGUUAUUCUUAUGAAAACAGUCACAAAGUGAAAUAUCAUUGAUAAGUAGAGGCGUGUUAUUGAUAAGCAGUGUCAUAUUUUGGUUGCUUGGUUGAUGUUUAUUACAGACCUAUACCAACACCACCACCUCCCUUCCUGAGGCCAGGAUGGCCAGGAUAUCCCUGUGGUCCUCAACCUGCGCUAAGAAACGUCUAUGCAAAGGUGAGUAAAGACAGUCUCUUUUAACAGCAAUGAGCCCAUAGAGGCCUGGCAUGUAUGACUUUGAGUAAGAGUGAGAGUCACUAACAGGAAUAGUGUCAAUUAUUGUGAAUGAGGCUUUACUGAUGCUGUAGCCCUGUACUAAGCAGAGAUGAUUGAGGUUUGUUCUUCUGUCCUACCUGUCACAGAUCCACAGAGCAGAUAUGUGGAUGUCCUGGGCCAGGAAUGGAAGACCAGCCCCGUGACUGAACGUCCUUCUGUCCCCAAUGAACCAACUCAAACUCCUGUAUGUGGUCCAGAGCCGACCAACAUUGGAGCCCCUGGGUGUAAAGUCCAAGACCAGCAGAGAGGGCUGGCUUGGCUUCGGGUGUAAGAAGGACCACCUCCCAGAUGACCACAACAAAUCUUCAUGACCUGUCGAGAAACAUUAGUGGAAUAAUACACCGAACGCAAUACACAGGACACAGAGUUUGUAAUUCGGAAAUGGUUGAGUGAUAGUUGAAGAUUGAAAACGAUAGAUGGUUAAAGACUGAUUCUCAUUCCUAUCAUCUUCUUCCACAGAUUGUGUGGGAUCAGACUCUCAAUAGAUGGGUGGAUAAGAGCGCAGCACAGCUGCGCAGGAGGUGGUAUCAACUUUCAACUGUCAUUUUAAAUCAGAGCAUUGUACUUGUAUUUGAACUGUGAGCAUGUUAUUAUAUGGUUGUGUACUACUUGUUUUUACAUUUUGUCAAUAUUUUAUUUUACAGACCAAGCCUCCACCACCUCCCCCACCAAUGGGGAUGUACCUACCUCCACCAAUGGGGAAUGCAGGCUAUCUGCGGGACUCUGGUGGUCCUCCCAAGGGUAAUAAAUAUGUACUCUGUGAAAGCAGGUGAAUAAUAAUAAUAAUGUAUUUAAUUUCUAUAGCGCAUUUCGUAGAAUCUAAAUAUAUAUCAGGCCAGGUCAAUCAAUAGAGGCCAAGUCUUUGAAUGCUGCAUCCUCCGAAGAUGGAGAGGGUCAGUUCAUGGCUUGAGCUGGUCAGAGGAUGGUAGAUGAUGGUGAUAGAGUCUGCUGAUGAUCUUGAAGAGGGCAAGUAUGGGAACUAGCCUGAGUCUUAUAGCCACUGGACAACUCCUCUUCCAUUCGUUUGUUUUGGAAUGUCUCUCAGGGUUAUGGUCAGACUGAUGUUAUUGAUACAUAAAAAAUAUACUUUCCAGAAAAUAUCUCCUUCCAUUUGUCCAAGAUUUAAAUUUCGUCUUAAUUCUGCUCAUUUAUGAUAUUGUUUGAAUUUUUUUCUUCACUCCUGAUACACUUCACUCCUGAUAAUUGCACUUUGAAUAAGUACAAACUCUUUUUUAAGUGCAUUACAGUGUUUUUCCUGUCCCAAUUCAAUCAUCUUAAUAUUUGCACCUGAUGACUGCAUUCUCUGGUUUAUUGCGCGCGCUGUCACAUCAGUCCUUCCCAAGCCGUUGCAGUAGUCAGAAGUUGCCUGUGUUACAAUGUGUUGUCUUUCAGUUCAGUUCAUGCAAGAAAUGAUAAUUCUAGAUGACCAUAUUAGUUAUUAGAACUGUUUCCCCAUAUGUAGUUUAUCUUUCCAUUAUUACUGGUCUGUCCCAAAGAUUGUUUAGAAACUCUGUCCGUGUACCUUCUAGUAAACAUCCAUCCACAUGGGAGUGCUGUGAUGUGUUUACGGGCUCACAAACGACUGUUACAAACAGAAGAAGACAAUACGGAAGUAAAACUGAGAGAGGGUUUGUUUUUUGUAUGUGGACAGUGGCAACCGUUCUUUCCUCGUGGAUAAAGCCAUACCACAGACAAAGGGGGUUAGUUAUCAUUAUCUUUGCCAUACUAGUUGAAUACUCACCUCUCAGUCGACUGAAAAUGUCUACACUACAGAUGUUGCGCGUGUUCUUAAAUGAGCGUUUAACGGCGGCUGCUGUGGAGAUUUUCGGGGCAGUUGAGAAAACGGUAGCCGAGUACCAGGAAGAGAAUGAUCGGCUACGGAGUCUGCUGCGGAUUAUACCGGACAAAAAACUAUGCAGAAAAGGUUCGUAUGUAGAUCUACAAAUAUAUAGAUACAAUUCUUUUUUCAUGAAUAGCUAAGUUGUUUAGGCUAACAAUGAUCACCAUUUCAUAUAUUUUAAUGUAACGCUUAUCGUGCGUGAUGAAACAGUUUGUCACGAAACGCUUAUUGAAAUACCAUAUAGCUCGGUAUGCGCACUCAGGCAUGGCUAAAAGCUGUGUGUGUGUAUAUCUAUCCAUAUAUAUAUAUAUAUAUAUAUAUAUAUAUAUAAGAGAUUAAGUGUUAUUAUUUAGGUGGUAUAGAUAACCUUUGCUCCUCCUUGCCUUCCCUCUAGAGUCCCUUCAGCUUUCUCUUGCUGUCUCUGAAGAGGAGGUUCCCCCUGAGCAGCAGCACUGUGAGCAGGAGUGGAGACCCAGUCUGCAGCAGGAGGACCUAGAACCCACACAGAUUAAAGAGGAACAGGAGGAAUUCUGGACCAGUCAGGAGGAAGAGCAGCUUCAAGGGCAGGAGGCUGAUAUCAUAGUGUUCAAAUUACCUCCACCUUGUGUUAAAGGUAAAUGUGAUCAGGAGAACCCACUUCAGUCCUUUACUCUUCCCCAAACCCAGACAGUGGAGAACAGAGAAAGUAACUCUAAACCAGUGGAUCUCCCACAUUUUGUCACUGUUACCCACCUAAAGGGUCUCGACAUUCCCUGUGACCCUCCAGAUAAUCAAAACAAUGCCUCCAGCCACAGCUCAGCUGUAAUCAGUGACCCAGUAAGACUUAGGCUGCUGUCACCAUUGCAUCCCAGCCCACCAUUGGAUCCCAACCUAUCAAUGGGGGAACACUGUUCCAAACCCAGCACCACGUCUAGAAAAACUCACCGCUGCUGUGACUGUGGAGAAACGUUUGCUCUGAAAGCUGACCUGCAGGGGCAUGUGACUCUCGCCAAGAAGAGACCCAGCGAAUGCCGCCUCUGCAAAAAACACUACAACUCCACCUGUAAAUUGAAGGCCCAUGUCAGACUCUGUCACGUGGAGAAACUCUUCACCUGCCCCUUUUGUGGAAAGACCUUCAAACUCAAAGGAGAUCUGUCCAGACAUAUGAGGAUUCACACAGGAGUGAAACCAUUUAGCUGUGGAGACUGUGGAAAGAGUUUCAAUCAGAAGGGGCACCUAACUGAACAUAUAAGGACUCACACAGGAGAGAAACCAUUUAGCUGUGGUGACUGUGGGAAAAGCUUCAUUCAGAAGGGGGACCUAAGGAGGCAUAUACUGACUCACACUGGAGAGAAACCAUUUAGCUGUGGUGACUGUGGGAAAAGCUUCAAUCGGAAGGGGAACCUGAAUUUGCACAUACUGACUCAUACAGGAGAGAAUGACCACAAAGAAAGAAACAAAUAAAGAAAACAGGAUGGAAACACAAAGAAGAAACAAAUUAGGACAAAGACAUCUUGUCAGAAGAUGGACAACACUCUUUGGAAAAGCAAAGCAACUCUGGAUCAUUCAUUCUGUGAGUUUCAGAUAAAUAGAUGUGUCAUGAAUUGACUUUUGUAAAACGUUCUAUGUAAAUAAAGUUUGAUUUGAUCUAACAGUACAGAGUAGUUGAAAACUCAAGGUCUGCUGUUCAAAGUCUCUUGAUGUAUUCACAUCAUUAUAAACAGGAAUUCCUGCUCGUUUGGUUUUGGAAUGUCUGGAGAAUAGUCUGACAGAUGUUAUUGACAUUAAUGUAUACUCCAAGAAAAUGUGUCCUUGCAUUUGUCCAAUAUCCAUUUUCAUCAAUUUUGUCUUAAUGCUGCUAAUUUAUGAUACUGUUAAUGUUCAUACAGUGUAUAUGGUAGGCAACUACAGACUGAUCUAUGGUCAUGGUUAUGAGUAGGAUUUGUGAAGCCAGUGGAGGGUAAGCUGAUCCUAGACCUGUAUGUGGUCCUCUGUAGCUCAGCUGGUAGAGCACGGAAGUAGGUUUGAUCCCCGGGACCACCCGUACACAAAAAAAUUAUGCAAGCAUGACUGUAAGUCGCUUUGGAUAAAAGCGUCUGCUAAAUGGCAUAUUAUUAUAUUAUAUGUCUAAGGGCAAUGUCUAGACCUUUAUGACCAUACCCCUCUUUGUUGUAUGUUCCCCCUGAAUCGCUACAUCACCAAACAUAGAAACAAGUCAGCAGCACUAACUGGAGAUACUGUCCUCAGACAUUGAAAAUCUAGGGCUUGAUUCAAUCCAUAUCACGGAAGAUCUGUGGUAUAGUGCAACUGAUAUUUAAAGGUAAUUUCCGAUUGAGUAUACAAAUGCAGUUUUUACUGUGAAUGCAAUCGCUGUGAUGGCAGGAACAUUGCCUUUAAAUUUCAAUCGCGCUAUGCCAUGGAUAAUAAUAAUAUGCCAUUUAGCAGACGCUUUUAUCCAAAGCGAUUUACAGUCAUGUGCGCAUACAUUUUUACGUAUGGGUGGUCCCGGGGAUCGAACCCACUACCCUGGCGUUACAAGCGCCAUGCUCUACCAAUUGAGCUACAGAGGAUCUUCUGCGACAUAAAUUGAUAGCCCUAUACCAAUAUUUUGAUCCCUUUCAUACACAGACCGAAAUCCCACUAAUUUACCAUGCCUGCUUCUUUUUGCAUGCUUUUUCAUAUAUCUGAAAGGGGUAGGUGGUAAAAAAGAAGGAAAAAUAAAAUCCACCUAAAGACCUAGGGCUCUAUUCAAUCCAUAUCGCGGAAAUUUAGCGUUACAGCGUUAUUGAAAUUUAAAGGCAAUGUUAGCGGAGACUGCAUUCAUGGUAAACGCUGCAUAUGUCGGCUCAAUCAGAAAUUACAUUUCUAACGGGCAAUCUGUAACGCUUCAGCAAUACCAAUUGAAUAGAACCCCUAGUCAUGAUUCCUGCAUUUUCACAGACCCUGUAACCAAAAUACAGGUAUCAGGUCUGUGUGAACGGUUCUUUUUGUUUUAGCAGGUAACUUCAUUAACACUUCCUUGGAUUAACACCUCCCUAAUUUGAAAUGCAAACAGUCGCCAUGGUUUAAAAACACUUCCCUGCCCCCAACCCUCCUAAUUCGUCAGUUACCCACUGAUAUGUAUAAUAUGGGUAAAUAAAGGGCUGUUUGAAAGGGGGUCAUAUAAACAUUGCUUUAUCUUUUUCUUUUUACAGGUAAUAUACUACAUCUUCUGUCUGAAAUGGGUAUUGUAGUGAUAAGCUAAACCAAGCUGCAUUUCUAUGGUAAGAUUCAGUAAUACCUGCAACUCAACAGUAAAGGUUUUGAUGAUGAUGCAUUUGCUAGAUCUCUAGUGCUGUUGAUGUCAGAAUUGCACUCUUCUUGGGACAGCAGUUGUUUAUAUAGUCUACCAGCGCCAUAUACAUGUAUCUGGCACUGGUAAUAGUCUACAUCAGUGAAUGUCAAUCUGGGAUAGUUACCCCUCAUACUUGGACUAUCCACAGGGGGUACUAAGGAAGACUCAUAACAUAAGCCUAAAUUAUUGGUUGGUUGCACAUGAGGGUACUUCUGGCAGAGCAAAAUGUGAUUGGAGAUUCAAGAACGACUCUCAUGGAACGGCGGGGACUGUGAGGGGACAAACACACACACACACAGACACAUUCUAACACACAUAAUUGUUUAGCUGUAUUGUUUGUGUAUCAGUGUAUUUUACAUUUGUGUGACUGUCCUUGUCUAUCAGUGUAUCAGUGUUUUGUUACUUGUCAUGUUUUGUGUUUUUUUGUGGACAACCAGGAAGUGUUUCUGCUGCUUUUGCAAAUGCUAAUGGAUAUCCGCCCCCACAAAAUAUGAUUUUUUUAACUGACAUUUUCUUGAUUUAAAAUGGUUUAUGACUGCAUCUAGUGGCUGCUUGUAGAAGUGCAUGAGACAAAAUGGACCACAGAAAUGCAAUGUAACAGCACUGGUUGGGAAAGCUUGGCCCAGACGGACAUACAACAGGGUAGGUCAUGAACCCGCAGGGAACCCUUGUUGUGAUCAAAAUACAGUAUACAUUUAUUUCCAAUGGAGCACACCUUCUCAGAAAGUGCAAUGUGCAGGUAGCUCAUUCUACAAGUGCAUACUGUACCUCACACAAGUAUAUCCUCAAGUUACUCUUAUGAAAACAGCCACAAAGUGAAAUAUCAUUGAUAAGUAGAGGCGUGUUAUUGAUAAGCAGUGUCAUAUUUUGGUUGCUUGGUUGAUGUUUAUUACAGACAUACCCUCUACCAACACCACCACCUCCCUUCCUGAAGCCAGGAUGGCCAGGAUAUCCCUGUGGUCCUCAACCUGUGCUAAGAAACUUCUAUGCAAAGGUGAGUAAAGACAGUCUCUUUUAACAGCAAUGAGCCUAUAGAGGUCUGGCAUGUAUGACUUUGAGUAAGAGUGAGAGUCACUAACAGGAAUAGUGUCAAUUAUUGUGAAUGAGGCUUUACUGAUGCUGUAGCCCUGUACUAAGCAGAGAUGAUUGAGGUUUGUUCUUCUGUCCUACCUGUCAUAGAUCCACAGAGCAGAUAUGUGGAUGUCCUGGGCCAGGAAUGGAAGACCAGCCCCGUGACUGAACGUCCUUCUGUCCCCAAUGAACCAACUCAAACUCCUGUAUGUGGUCCAGUGCCGACCAACAUUGGAGCCCCUGGGUGUAAAGUCCAAGACCAGCAGAGAGGGCUGGCUUGGCUUCGGGUGUAAGAAGGACCACCUCCCAGAUGACCACAACAAAUCUUCAUAACCUGUCGAGAAACAUUAGUGGAAUAAUACACCGAACGCAAUACACAGGACACAGAGUUUGUAAUUCGGAAAUGGUUGAGUGAUAGUUGAAGAUUGAAAACGAUAGAUGGUUAAAGACUGAUUCUCAUUCCUAUCAUCUUCUUCCACAGAUUGUGUGGGAUCAGACUCUCAAUAGAUGGGUGGAUAAGAGCGCAGCACAGCUGCGCAGGAGGUGGUAUCAACUUUCUACUGUCAUUUUAAAUCAGAGCAUUGUAAUUGUAUUUGAACUGUGAGCAUGUUAUUAUAUGGUUGGGUACUACUUGUUUUUACAUUUUGUCAAUAUUUUAUUUUACAGAGCAAGCCUCCACCACCAAUGGGGAUGUACCUACCUCCACCAAUGGGGAAUGCAGGCUAUCUGCGGGACUCUGGUGGUCCUCCCAAGGGUAAUAAAUAUGUACUCUGUAAAGCAAGUGAAUAAUAAUAAUAAUUUAUUAAACUUCUAUAGCGCUUUUCAUAGAAUCUAAAUAUACACUGCUCAAUAAAGGGAACACUUAAACAACACAAUGUAACUCCAAGUCAAUCACACUUCUGUGAAAUCAAACUGUCCACUUAGGAAGCAACACUGAUUGACAAUACAUUUCACAUGCUGUUGUGCAAAUGGAAUAGACAACAGGUGGAAAUUAUAGGCAAUUAGCAAGACACCCCCAAUAAAGGAAUGGUUCUGCAGGUGGUGACCACAGACCACUUCUCAGUUUCUAUGCUUCCUGGCUGAUGUUUUGGUCACUUUUGAAUGCUGGCGGUGCUUUCACUCUAGUGGUAGCAUGAGACGGAGUCUACAACCCACACAAGUGGCUCAGGUAGUGCAGCUCAUCCAGGAUGGCACAUCAAUGCGAGCUGUGGCAAGAAGGUUUGCUGGGUCUGUCAGCGUAGUGUCCAGAGCAUGGAGGCGCUACCAGGAGACAGGCCAGUACAUCAGGAGAUGUGGAGGAGGCCGUAGGAGGGCAACAACCCAGCAGCAUUACCGCUACCUCCGCCUUUGUGCAAGGAGGAGUAGGAGGAGCACUGCCAGAGCCCUGCAAAAUGACCUCCAGCAGGCCACAAAUGUGCAUGUGUCUGCUCAAACGGUCAGAAACAGACUCCAUGAGGGUGGUAUGAGGGCCCGACGUCCACAGGUGGGGGUUGUGCUUACAGCCCAACACCGUGCAGGACGUUUGGCAUUUGCCAGAGAACACCAAGAUUGGCAAAUUCGCCACUGGCACCUUGUGCUCUUCACAGAUGAAAGCAGGUUCACACUGAGCACAUGUGACAGACGUGACAGAGUCUGGAGACGCCAUGGAGAACGUUCUGCUGCCUGCAACAUCCUCCAGCAUGACCGGUUUGGCGGUGGGUCAGUCAUGGUGUGGGGUGGCAUUUCUUUGGGGGGCCGCAUGUGCUCGCCAGAGGUAGCCUGACUGCCAUUAGGUACCGAGAUGAGAUCCUCAGACCCCUUGUGAGACCAUAUGCUGGUGCGGUUGGCCCUGGGUUCCUCCUAAUGCAAGACAAUGCUAGACCUCAUGUGGCUGGAGUGUGUCAGCAGUUCCUGCAAGAGGAAGGCAUUGAUGCUAUGGACUGGCCCGCCCGUUCCCCAGACCUGAAUCCAUUUGAGCACAUCUGGGACAUCAUGUCUCGCUCCAUCCACCAACGCCACGUUGCACCACAGACUGUCCAGGAGUUGGCGGAUGCUUUAGUCCAGGUCUGGGAGGAGAUCCCUCAGGAGACCAUCCGCCACCUCAUCAGGAGCAUGCCCAGGCGUUGUAGGGAGGUCAUACAGGCACAUGGAGGACACACACACUACUGAGCCUCGCUUUGACUUGUUUUAAGGACAUUACAUCAAAGUUGGAUCAGCCUGUAGUGUGGUUUUCCACUUUAAUUUUGAGGGUGACUCCAAAUCCAGACCUCCAAGGGUUGAUACAUUUGAUUUCCAUUGAUAAUUUUUGUGUGAUUUUGUUGUCAGCACAUUCAACUAGGUAAAGAAAAAAGUAUUGAAUAAGAUUAUUUCAUUCAUUCAGAUCUAGGAUGUGUUGUUUAAGUGUUCCCUUUAUUUUUUUGAGCAGUGUAUAUCAGGCCAGGUCAAUCAAUAGAGGCCAAGUCUUUGAAUGCUGGAGAGGGUCAGUUCAUGGCUUGAGCUGGUCAAAGGAUGGUAGAUGAUGGUGAUAGAGUCUGCUGAUGAUCUUGAAGAGGGCAAGUAUGGGAACCAGCCUGAGUCUUAUAGCCACUGGACAACUCCUCUUCCAUUCGUUUGUUUUGGAAUGUCUCUCAGGGUUAUGGUCAGACUGAUGUUAUUUAUACAUAAAAAAUAUACUUUCCAGAAAAUAUCUCCUUCCAUUUGUCCAAGAUUUCAAUUUCGUCUUAAUGCUGCUCAUUUAUGAUAUUGUUAGAAUUUUUUGGGAAGUAAUUAUAUACACUUCACUCCUGAUAAUUGCACUUUGAAUAAGUGCAAACUCUUUUUUAAGUGCAUUACAGUGUUUUUCCUGUCCCAAUUCAAUAAUAUUCUUUAUAAUUGCUCCUGAUGACUGCAUUCUCUGGUUUAUUGCACGCGCUGUCACAUCAGUCCCUCCCAAGCUGUUGCAGUAGUCAGAAGUCGCCUAUGUUACAAUGUGUUGUCUUUCAGUUCAGUUCAUGCAAUAAAUGAUAAUUCUAGAUGACCAUAUUAGUUAUUAGAACUGUUUCCCCAUAUGUAGUUUAUCUCUUUCCAUUAUUACUGGUCUGUACCAAAGAUUGUUUAGAAAAUCUGUCCGUGUACCUUCUAGUAAACAUCCAUCCACAUGGGGGUGCUGUGAUGUGUUUACGGGCUCACAAACGACUGUUACUAACAGAAGAAUUCAAUACGGAAGUAAAACUGAGAGAGGGUUUGUUUUUUGUAUGUGGACAGCGGCAACCGUUCUUUCCUCGUGGAUAAAGCCAUACCACAGACAAAAGGGGUUAGUUAUCAGUAUAUUUGCCAUACUAGUUGAAUACUCACCUCUCAGUCGACUGAAAAUGUCUACACUACAGAUGUUGCGCGUGUUCUUAAAUGAGCGUUUAACGGCGGCUGCUGUGGAGAUUUUCGGGGCAGUUGAGAAAACGGUAGUGGAGUACCAGGAGGAGAAUGAUCGGCUACGGAGUCUGCUGCGGAUUACACAGGACAUAAAACUAUGCAGAAAAGGUUCGUCUGUAGAUCUACAAAUAUAUAGCUACAAUUCUUUUUUAUGAAUAGCUAAGUUGUUUAGGCUAACAAUGAUCACCAUUUCAUAUAUUUUAAAAUAGUUGAAAAUAGUUGAAUGUAACGUUUAUCGUGCGUGAUGAAACAGUUUGUCACGAAACGCUUAUUGAAAUAGCAUAUAGCUCGGUAUGCGCACUCAGGCAUGGCUAAAAGCUGUGUGUGUAUAUCUAUCGAUAUAUAUAUAUAAAAGAGAUGAAGUGUUAUUUUUUAUUUAGGUGGUAUAGAUAACCUCUGCUCCUCCUUGCCUUCCCUCUAGAGUCCCUUCAGCUCUCUCUUGCUGUCUCUGAAGAGGAGGAUCCCCCUGAGCAGCAGCACUGUGAGCAGGAGUGGAGACCCAGUCUGCAGCAGGAGGACCUAGAACCCACACAGAUUAAAGAGGAACAGGAGGAAUUCUGGACCAGUCAGGAGGAAGAGCAGCUUCAAGGGCAGGAGGCUGAUGAUAUAGUGUUCAAAUUCCCUCCACCUUGUGUGAAAAGUAAAUGUGAUCAGGAGAACCCACUUCAGUCUUUUACUCUUCCCCAAACCCAGACAGUGGAGAACAGAGAAAGUAACUCUAAACCAGUGGAUCGCCCCCAUUUUGUCACUGUUACCCACCUAAAGGGUCUCGACAUUCCCUGUGACCCUCCAGAUAAUCAAAACAGUGCCUCCAGCCACAGCUCAGCUGUAAUCAGUGACCCAGUAAGACUUAGGCUGCUGUCACCAUUGCAUCCCAGCCCACCAUUGGAUACCAACCUAUCAAUGGGGGAACACUGUUCCAAACCCAGCACUACGUCUAGUAAAACUCACUACUGUAGUGACUGUGGGAAAACGUUUGCUCUGAAAGCUGACCUGCAGGGGCAUGUGACUCUCGCCAAGAAGAGACCCAGCGAAUGCCGCCUCUGCAAAAAACGCUACAACUCCACCUGUAAAUUGAAGGCCCAUGUCAGACUCUGUCACGUGGAGAAACCCUGCACCUGCCCCUUUUGUGGAAAGACCUUUAAACUCAAAGGACAUCUUUCCAGGCACAUGAGGAUUCACACAGGAGAGAAACCGUUUGGCUGUGGUGACUGUGGGAAAAGCUUCAUUCAGAAGGGGGACCUCAGGAGACAUAUACUGACUCACACCGGAGAGAAACCAUUUAGCUGUGGUGACUGUGGGAAAAGCUUCAAUCGGAAGGGGAACCUGAACUUGCACAUACUGACUCACACAGGAGCGAACGUCCACAAAUAAAGAAACAAAUAAAGAAAACAGGAUGGAAACACAAAGAAGAAACAAAUUAGGACAAAGACAUAUUGUCAGAAGAUGGACAACACUUUUUGGAAAAGUAAAGCAACUCUAGAUCAUUCAUUCUCUGGGUUUCAGAUACAUAGAUGUCAUGAAUUUACUUUUGUAAAACGUUCUAUGUAAAUAAAGUUUGAUUUGAUCUAACAGAGUAGUUAAACUCACAGGUCUGCUGUUCUCGCUUGAUGUUUUCAUAUUAUGAACAGGAAUUCCUGGUAGUUAUUUUUUUAAUGUCUCCAGAAUAGUCUGACUGAUGUUAAUGAUACAUUAAAAAAAAUGGACUUCCGGAAAAUGUGUCCUUGCAUUUGUCCAAUAUUAUUUUUAAUCAAUUUUGUCUGAAUGCUGUUCAUUUAUGAUAUUGAUUUAAUCUUGUAUAUUACAUUUUUAAAAUACUGUUAAUGUUGAUACAGUGUAUAUGGUAGGCAACUACAGACUGAUCUAUGGUCCGUUUUGUGUUUCCCCUCCUCAUGGUUUUGAGUAGGAUUCGUGGAGACAGUGGAGGGUAAGCUGAUCCUAGACCUGAAUGUCUAAGGGCAAUGUCUAGACCUUUAUGGCACAGGAGUGUGGACAUACCCUACUUUCUUGUCUAUUCCCCUUGAAUCACUACAUCACCAAACAUAGCACACGUCUGUAGCACUAACUGGAGAUACUGUCCUCAGACAUUGAAAAUCUAGGGCUUGAUCCAAUCCGUAUCACGGAAGAUCCGCGGUAAAGAACGAUUGAAAUGUAAAGGUAAUUUCCGAUUGAGCCGACAUGCGCGUUAACGCGAAUGCGGGAACGUUGACUUUAAAUUUCAAAAAUUGCGCUAUACCGCUGAUCUCCUGCAAUACGGAUUGAAUCGAGACCCUAAUUUCAUAGGCCUAUAGGCAUACCAAGAUUUUGAUGACUUGUAGUGAUAAGCUAAACCAAGAUGCAUUUCUAAGGUAAGAUUCAGUAGGACCUGCUACUCAACAGUAAAAUUAUUGAUUAUCAUGAUGAUGCAUAUGCUAGAUCUCUAGUGCUGCUAAUGUCAGAAUUGCACUCUUGGGACAGCAAUUGUUUGUAUAGGCUACCAGCGCCACCUGUCUACAUCAGUGUUUGCCAAUCUGGGAUAGUAGGCUAGCACUCAUACCUCGACUAUACACAGAGGGUAUGAGGGAAGGCUCAUAAAACAUAGGGGUAAUGAUUGGUUGCACAUGACGGCAUAGCCACGGGAAGUAGGUGCUGCAGCACCCCCUGAAAAUCAGAACUUAAACAAAACUAAAAUGUAAAAAUUUUUAUUAUUUAUUUUUACUCAUUCUUUUUUUACUAGUCCUGUAUUAGUGGACCAAUAUAGCCGUCUGUAGCACGGCUCCCCCAUUUGUAUAUUGUCCCAUACAAUAAUCUGUAUGACUUGAAUACCACUGGUUUAGACUCUAGAACAGAUUUGGGCAAUUUUGAUGGGGGCUGGGGACACAUAAAAUCUGAACUCAUCUUGAGGGGCAGCAGUUGCUCCACCCUUCGAUGUCUGGAGCUCAAAAAGCAAUAGUACAGUAUGCGAUUCCCGAUACACCACAGGGGAGCGUGAUUAGUUCUCUGUUGUUCUCAAUCAUGAUCAAUGAUGUUUACUCUCAAGUACAGCCGGAUAUUGGCAGGUCGUUAUUUGCGGAUGAUGGGGCCUUAUGGAAGAGGGGGGAAAAUGUGACAUACAUAGUCAGGAAGGUACAGGAAGCAAUUGAUGAGGUAGAGUGGUGGGCAUUAAUGUGGGGAUUGAGGUUCUCUGUAGAGAAAACUCAAACAGUUUUCUUUACAAGGAGGAAGGUGGGAGAUGAGGUAUGCUUGAGGUUAUAUGGGAGAAACUUGGAGAGGGUGGGGGCCUUCAGGUUCCUUGGGGUAUACUUUGACACUAGACUGACCUGGGCAGAACACAUGGAGAGAGUGGUGGGAAAGUGUAAGAAGGUGCUAAAUGUGAUGCGCUGUCUGACGGGGAAGGAGUGGGGGGCUGGGCGUUCCUCAUUGAAGACCAUGUAUGUUACAUUGAUCCGAUCUGUAAUAGACUAUGGCAGUAUAGCAUAUGGUUCGGCAGCCCAGACCUCACUGGAAAGGCUAGAUGUCAUACAGGGGCAAGGACUCAGAAUAUGUAGUGGGGCGUUUCAGACAUCCCCAGUGGCUGCAUUACAGGUGGAGAUGGGGGAUAUGCCGUUGCAGAUUAGGAGACAGCAGCUGGCAAUGAAUUAUUGGGUCAACCUAUAAGGACAUGGGGUGUCUCAUCCUGCGAAAGGGAUUUUACAGGCAUGCUGGGACCAUACGUCAGGACUACCGGGCAUGAUGACACCCUGCUGCCCCCAGUCCGCCUGGCCUUGCUGCUAUUCCAGUUUCAACUGUUCUGCCUGCGGCUACGAAACCCCUACCUGUCCCAGACCUGCUGUUUUCAACUCUAAAUGAUCGGCUAUGAAAAGCCAACUGAGAGACCUGAGCCCUAGGACCAUACGUCGGGACUACCGGCCGUGGUGACUCCUUGCUAUCCCCAGUCCGCCUGGCCUUGCUGCUAUUCCAGUUUAAACUGUUCUGCCUGCGGUUAUGGAACCCCUACCUGUCCCAGACCUGCUGUUUUAAACUCUAAUGAUCGGCUAUGAAAAGCCAACUGAGAUUUAUUCCUGAUUAUUAUUUGACCAUGCUUGUCACUUAUGAACAUUUUUGAACAUCUUGGCAUGGUUCUGUUAUAAUCUCCACCCGGCACAGCCAGAAGAGGACUGGCCACCCCUCAUAGCCUGGUUCCUCUCUAGGUUUCUUCCUAGGUUUUGCCUUUCUAGGGAGUUUUUCCUAGCCACCGUGCUUCUACACCUGCAUUACUAGCUGUUUGGGGUUUUAGGCUGGGUUUCUGUACAGCACUUCGAGAUAUUAGCUGAUGUAAGAAGGGCUAUAUAAAAUAAAAUUGAUUGAAAUUGAUUGAUAAGCGAAGACUGAACACGAGCUUUGGGUGAGUGGGUAAUACCCAGGCGAAGGAGAUGGGACUGUAUGGAAGGGAGUUUAGUCCAACGGUACUUAUUCCUGUAAAUCCACCAUGGCUACUCCCGCCUCCAGUAGUUGAUCUAGAAGUGUUGGAGAGACUACAGAAAGAUAGGGAGGGUGUUGAUCCAUCUGAUUUGUUUAAGAGACGUCUGGAUACUGUGUAUCAGGGUUUUGUGGCCAUUUACACAGAUGGUUCAAAAGAUCCAAGGACAGGACAUACUGGGUCAGCAUUUGUAGUGCAGGAAUGUGGGGUGGAAGUCAGGAAACAUAAUACAGAUCAUCUGGCUGUAUAUACGGCGGAGCUGAUGGCCAUACUGUUGGUCUUGCAGUGGGUGGAGGAAGUCAAACAAGACAGAGUAGUUAUUUGCUCUGAUUCAUGUACAGUGUUAAUGAGUCUCCAGUCCUUUAGCUCACGUAGCAGACAAGACCUGCUUUAUGAGGUGCUACAAACCCAUGGCAGGAUUAAACAGGUGUGUAUACAGAUAAGAUUUACUUGGGUCCCAGCCCAUGUGGGGGUGGAGGGGAAUGAGGAAGUAGAUGAACAGGCUAAACAAGCACUUAGUAGUGGGGAUGUUGAUGUUAAAGUUUAAAUGAGCAAGGCAGAUGCAAAAAGACUGAUAUAAACAGGGAUGGUGCAGAGAUGGCAGGAGCAGUGGAAUAGAGAUAAUAAGGGAAGGCAUUUAUUUCAAGUACAGAGGAAAGUCAGGGAGGGGAGGACGGCAGGAAGGGACAGAAGAGAGGAGGCUAUUUUUACAAGAUUAAGGGUGGGACACAGCCAGUUGAAUAAGACAUUAAAUGUGAUAGGAAAGCAUCCAACAGGAAAGUGUGAUUAUUGUCAGGAAACAGAGACUGUGGAGCAUGUAUUGCUACAGUGUGGGCAGUAUCAGAGGGAAAGAGAGAGGAUGAGAUCUAGUAUGAGGGAGAAGGGGAUACAGGAAAUUAGUUUAAAUAGUAUAUUGAGUAGAACGUCAUUUGAUAUAGUCUCAAAUAUGUUGUUAUCUUUUUUAAGAGCAACGGGGCUGGCAGAUAGGAUUUAAUUUCUCCCUGUCUCUGGACCACACUCCAGUACAGUAGGUGGCGGUAAUGCACCGUAACGUUGGAUGACAAACGCUGAUAAACCCCACUGAAGAAGAAGAAAAAGCGAUUCCCGACGUUCACCGAAAAGAGCCAUUCAUCAUUUAAACCAACUGAAAACACAACUUUCAGUUGACUGAAAAUGGGCUCGCCCUCACUGAUACAAAUAGAAGACAAUGCGGAAGUGAAACUGGAUUUUCUGGUUUGUUUUGUUUGUUAA